AUGGACCUGUUGCUCAGAUUGACACACCCAAGUCUGCUGUACACACAGGACGCACUCUCACCCACUUUUGUGCUCACAAGUUUGGUCCACUUGUCACUGGGGUUCGUGCUCCUCGGGAUCUGUGCCUCGGAGUACCUAUGUCCGAACGUCGCUAAGAUAGUGGAGAUAGGAAGCACGGGCAGUGCUACAGGUGCAAGUACAGGCGCUGCCGCUUCGUCCGCAGUCUCCUCCGGUGUGCUGAUGGCUAUCCUGCUCUCCUGGUGCAACUCCGCCCCAGACCUGUUCUCAAACCUUAUGGGGUGGACAUCCACACACUACCUGACCACCGUGUCGCUGUCUCUCGGGGAGGUGCUCGGCGCUUGUGGGAUCAUACUCUGCAUAGUGAUGGGCGUGCUCUUCCUCAGCAUGGCCAUCGGCCCACGCUUGCAGUUCUCCGCACUGCAAGUCGCAAACAUCGAACGAGACCUCCGAUUCGUGUUACUCGCAAUGGCAUACCUCACAUACGUGACAGUUCGCAACAAAAUCACAGUCCUCGAUUGCGUCCUAAUGACAGCUGUCUACAUGGGCUACGUCUACGUCAAGUUUAGAAAGUGGGGGAAGUUGCGAGCGCAGGAACAGGAUACGGCUACAGGUAACGACAUCGACACACUAACGAUCAAACCCAGUCUCAUCUCUGCGAUGGACUUUACGUCCUUGCUCGUAAUGCUAGAAAGAUCUAGCAGCGUCUCCCCUGAGAACGCAGAGCAGGAACUCAUCUCGAUGACAGGCGACCCACUAGCGAUGAACAUGCACCAAUUCGCUGUGAGGCCAAGCUCAGAGCCCGCAAUUGGGUCUGAGAGGAUGAUGGACGAUACGGAUCCUCGGUUAACGAGCACGGCCCCAGGUGGGUUCGUUCCCUACCACGAUGACCCUGACGCAGUGGAUGAUGAGACUGCGCCCAAGGAUAACACGGCAUUGUUCCUGCGGGGCAGGACAACACCGAGAAUAUUCUUCACGCGAUUGCUGGCACCGCAUCUGUUCCAUUUCAGAAGGAAAUCAACCGUCGAUGCUAUACUAUCGAUCCUCACGACACCAUUCGUCGUGAUCCUACAACUAUCGUGCCCGAAACACGCAGAUAUAGUAGACCACGAUACGAGUACCGUGCACGUCAGGUAUUCAGAGAUGUUCGUGCUAUGGACGCAGUGUAUUCUGAGCCCACUGGUGACCACAUUGCUGCUCGCAUGCCUGCUGUAUUUGGAAAGUGUUCCCUGGUACCUGUGGGUGCUCACCUUCUUGGCGUCUGGUGGGCUCGCUGGCUUGCUUAUAUACUUCCAAACCAUUGCUAAGGAGAUCAGCACUUUCUCACUAAGCUCGCCCAUAGACGACGUGGAAACGGAGAAUAAAAGACGAAGGAGACUCGACUUCACUCAGGGUUUAGUCUCGGUCGUGUUUCUACUCAUCGGCAUCGUCAACUCCAUCAUGUUCAUCUCGCUUAUUGCCAACGCACUGGUAGAACUCAUGGAGUUGUACCAGCGCUUGACAGAUAUAUCGAAAGCCAUCCUCGGGCUGACCGUGUUCGCGUGGGGGAAUUCGAUAGGGGAUCUAUUGACAAAUAUCGCAAUGUGCAGACUGUAUCUGAAGACCCCAGCGGAAAGCGGUGAAAUUGCGUCUCAGGCAACCAGAUUCUUUGUCAUAUCCAUACAGUCGUGUCUGGGGGGUGUCAUGUUGAACUCCAUGAUCAGUAUAGGCAUUAGUGGCAUCAUAUCGCUCGUGUUUGUCCAUAGAGACCCUCUGCACUGGUGGUUUCUACGCUACGUGGAACUACGCGAUGGGGAUGGCUUGCCAGCUACUGCGAUCAACUACAAGUUCCUUUUGUCGUGCAUCGCCAUUCUAGUGCAGGUGAUACUUCUUCUCAUACUCUUCAAGAGCAACAAAAUAAUAGAAAAAUGGUCUUCUCCUCGGUAUAUGAGGAUAUUUGGCAUCUCGAUGUGUACAAUCUGGGGGUUAACAACGCUCUCCAACGUUCUGAUAGAAAUAUUUGCAUGA